AUUGCUUGACUGGCAUAGUUAUAACUUUCGUUCCGACUUAUGUGCUGCUUAAAAGAUACGAACCGCUCAAUAGAGCAGAUAGCUAAUCAGAGCUUCCAGAUUAACCGAUGACUCGGUUGUUACUGCCACCUCUGCUCUUUCUGUCCAGACCUCAGGUGCCACCAGCAUCUCUAUUCAAAAGCCAAAGAGGACAUGGAUGCUCCGGUAAUCGUGUGAAAGAGAUACUUUGGGAUCGUGUGGGAGUGUCAUCAAAUAGGAACUCAUGUAGAACUUUUUGCACUGGCAGAGAUUUGGCUGCUAAGAAGUGUGUACCAUGCAACUCAAAGGAUUUGCGGCCUAUGAAAGAAGAAAGCGCAACUGAAAUGAUGUCAAAGGUUGGCGGGUGGAAUUUGGUGAAAGAAGAUGGUACACUGAAGCUGCAUCGAUCAUGGAAAGUAAAGAGUUUCACCAAAGGGUUGGAUUUAUUUCAGCUAGUAGGGAAUGUUGCUGAAACAGAAGGUCAUCAUCCAGAUCUUCAUCUUGUUGGUUGGAACAAUGUAAAAAUUGAGAUAUGGACUCAUGCAGUUGGUGGACUAACAGAAAAUGACUUCAUACUUGCUGCCAAAAUCAAUGGGCUUGAUCUGCACCACCUACUGAGAAAGAAGACUGCUACUUGAGAGGUUGAUAUGAAUUUUGCAAGAUCUGGAAAUGAUAUGAUUGUCUUCCAUACAUGGAGUAAAGGACUAUGCAUGGCAAACCAAAUGCAGGCGUUCAGUUUUCGUUUUGUUUUUCUUCCAAUAGAUUGUGCCUGGAUAUCUGUAUAAAUACUUCUUUUUUUAAUCUUAAUUUUCGACUCGUUACAAGCAUAAUGUCUGCUACUUGCAGCAUAAGCUGAUCUUAAUGAUUAAAGUCACAGCACAAGUUCAGAGGGU